UGUAUCGGCGCUGGGUGGGAAGGGGCUCCAGUCCACAUUUGAUUCACUUCCCCGACGAAAGCCGACCAGUGAAAGAGCCGCUCUCGCUCCGUGUAAAAUGUAACUCGCUCCGACUUCGAACACGUCGUUCACCACUUCCAUCCGACACGACUUCUUAUACUUAAGGUUACACUACAAAUGAUUUGAGGAUGUCUGGCAAAAUUCGGCUAAUCUGGUUUGUUCUACUUAUCAAAUCAGGUUUCGGUCUGUCAGUCGAGAUGCAGGGUCCACAUUUCAUAGUUGAACCUCCGCACAAAGUUGAAUUUUCCAACAGCUCCGGUGCCAAAAUCGACUGUUCAGCACACAGCAGUCCUCCAUCGAAGAUCGACUGGGUUCUAGGUGAUGGCAGCCCGGUAACGAAGGUGCCGGAUUUGCGCGAGGUACUCAGCAACGGCACUCUAGUCUUUCCGCCCUUCCCUGCUGAGCUUUACAGGCACGAUGUCCACAACGUUGUUUAUAAGUGUAGAGCAAGCAAUCCUUUGGGCAUCAUUAUAAGCAAGGAUGUCCAUUUACGAGCUGUUGUCAAACAGAAGUACGAAGUCCAAGUUUCUGAUGAGUACGUCAUAAGCGGAAACACCGCUGUUCUCAGAUGUCAAGUGCCAAGCUACGCAGCCGAAUUUACCAUAGUCACUUCUUGGAUACAAGAAGGAGUCAUAAACAUUUAUCCAAACACGGAUACCGGAGGAAAAUUCGCCGUCAUGAGCAACGGGGAUUUGUACGUGUACAGGACCAGCCAAAGUGACGGUUACAAGACUUAUGGAUGCAGAACAGUCCACAAAUUGACCGGAGACGUACGAGCAAGUUCCUACCCUGGUAGAAUUAUUAUCACUGAGCCUAAAGGUGCUGUACAGCCAAGAAUUAGAGUAGAAAAACACAGCAGAAAACAAGUCAAGUAUGGUGAGGAUAUCAUUUUACCCUGUUUGGCUCAGGGUUAUCCAAUUCCUACAUAUCGAUGGUUUAGAGAAGAAAGUGAAAAACUGAUGCCAGUUAUCGGAAAUGAACGAAUUCACGUCAACCCAUCUGGUUUGCUGUACAUUACAAAAUCCCGGAUAGAAGAUAAAGGAAAAUAUAUUUGUAAAAUAAACAAUACAGUUGGUGAAGAAGUAGCACAAGUGACAUUAUCUGUGACAGCUCCUUUAUCAGUCCACAUCCAUCCACAAACUCAAGUAGUGGAUGUAGGCAAAGAGGCGCUUCUUCAGUGUACACCCAACGGAUUUCCAGUAACCAGAGUUUUCUGGUUUCACAAUGGCCAGCCUCUAACCACGGAUUCCAAAUACAAAGUUUCUACAAAUCAACUUUUAAAUAUUUCAUCCAUAUCAAAAGAUGACCAAGGCAUGUAUCAAUGUUUCGUAUCAAAUGACUGGGACAUGGCACAAGCUGUCGCAGAAUUACAGUUAGGAGAUGCUAGUCCUGAAUUGACAUACUCAUUCUCAGAACAAACAUUACAGCCUGGGCCUCCGAUCUCUUUAAAAUGUGUGGCGACUGGGAACCCACCGCCCCAGUUUACCUGGUUACUCGAUGGUUUUCCCAUCCCGGAUUCAACCAGGUUUCUUGUCGGCCAGUAUGUCACAAUUCAUGAUGAUGUUGUGAGUCAUGUCAAUAUUUCGAGUGUAAAAGUUGAAGAUGGUGGAGAGUAUUCUUGCAUCGCCAAGAACACAGUGACAGAAAUUUUACACAGUGCAAGGAUUAACAUUUACGGUCCACCUUUUAUCAGGGUUAUGCCCAAAUUAACCGCUGUUGCUGGAAGUGAUUUAAUAAUCAAGUGUCCGGUAGCUGGAUAUCCAAUAGAGACGAUUACUUGGGAACGGGAUGGAACUAUCUUACCAACGAAUCGACGACAACGAGUGUACCCAAAUGGAACGUUAAUUAUUGAGCAAGCACAAAAAGGAACGGACGGUGGGACAUACACAUGUCAAGCUCAAAGCAGGCAAAAACAUAUUGCACGACGUGAUGUUGAAGUUCAAGUGAUACUACCACCGAAAAUUCUUCCUAUUCAAGCAAUGACAAAUUUAUUAAGGGAAGGGAUGAGAGCAGCUAUUUCUUGUCAAGUUAUUGAAGGAGAUUUGCCGUUUACGUUUAAAUGGCAGCGUAACGGCAGAGAUGACAUUGGGUCUGGGACAAUAAUAAGAAGAUUAGACGAGUAUUCAACUGCAUUAGUUAUCGAAAAAAUUGCAGCAACGCACAGUGCUAAUUACACGUGUAUUGUAGAAAAUAAAGCUGGAUCUGAGAGUUUCACAGUUCCACUUACUGUUAAUGUUCCUCCACGGUGGACAAUUGAACCAUCUGACACAAAUGUAAUUUUGGGUUAUGACAUCACUUUAGACUGCCAAGCAGAUGGAUAUCCUCAGCCGGCAAUUAUUUGGCGCAAAGCUGUGGGAGAUCAUCCAGGAGAAUACAAAGACUUUCUUUAUGAACCAAAUAUAAAUUUUUAUAGAAAUGGUUCAUUGGAGUUUUCACACAUAAGCAAGGAGAGCGAAGGUCAUUACUUAUGUGAAGCAAAGAAUGGUAUUGCGAAUGGAGUAAGCAAAGUAAUAUUUCUUAAAGUAAACUCGCCUGCGAAUUUCCCACAAAAGUCUAAACAGAUUCAUGUGGAAAAAGGAGGUCAAGCACAUAUACAGUGCACCGCACUCGGUGACAAUCCAAUACAAAUUAUGUGGAAAGUUGGCCCUCAAAAAGUUGGAGAGGAUUUUGAUCCAAGAUAUUCAGUAAGAGAACAGCUGCUGGAUGAAGGGAUGGUUUCAGAACUAGGAAUAUCCCACGUAUUUCGCCAUGAUACAGGAGUUUUAUCUUGUUAUGCGACAAAUUCCUAUGGACAUGAUGAAAUGACCAUCCAUCUUGUAGUUCAGGAACCGCCUGAAUUGCCUAAGAACAUAAGAGUUGUGGAUCAACAAAGUAGGACGCUCCAGUUGUCUUGGACUCAACCAUACGCUGGAAAUAGUCCCGUCACAAGCUAUAUAAUUCAGUACAAAUUAAUUUCAGAGCCUUGGGAAGCACAGCCAUCGAAGAUCGUUGUUCCUGGGACUCAAACAAUGGCCACAGUCACAAAUCUUCACCCAGCCACUUCAUACCACCUACGUAUUUUAGCUGAAAAUAAAUUGGGAUUCAGCGAUCCAAGCGAAGUCAUUCAAGUAACAACACAGGAAGAAGUGCCAUCGGGUCCUCCUCAAGAUAUCAGAGUAGAGGCAAGAAGUUCGACUGAAUUGUUCGUCCAGUGGGAACCACCCGCUCGAGAAUUUUGGAACGGCAACUUACUCGGAUACCAUAUAGGAUACACUAAAAUGGGAAACACCGCGAGCAACAUGCAGGUGAAAACUGUUGAGAUUGGUUCACAGUACGGGGGUCAAGCUAUUCUGGACAACUUGGCCAUGUUUACUUCCUACUCUAUAGUUAUAAACGCCUUCAACAGUAGGGGCCCGGGGCCUAAUUCAGGACCAGUCCGGGCCCAGACUAAGGAAGGAGUUCCGACUGCACCCCCUGAAAAAAUAAACUGCAUGACUAUAUCAUCAACGACUUUGGAGAUUUGGUGGGAUUUGCCAAGUGUAGAAAAUAGAAAUGGUCAUAUUCAAGGAUACAAAAUCAAUUAUUAUCCGUGUGAAGAGUGGUACGAAACUGCAAACAUUGAUAUCAAAGCAACAUUAAACUUAAGAACUACACUGACAGGCCUUCUCAAAUUUACAAAUUAUAGUAUAUCCAUUUUAGCAUAUACUAAAAGCGGUGAUGGAGUACCUAGUGCUCCAAUUUUUUGCCGAACUGCUGAAGAUGUUCCUACAGCGCCUGAGGAUAUUAAAGUAGUAAUGAGCAACAUCAAUCAAGUAUUAGUAAGCUGGUUACCACCAAAACAGUUUAACGGAGAUUUAUCUGGUUAUACAUUUUACAUGGGAAUGGUUGAAAAUGGAAAAGAAGGAGGCACACACAAGCACGUCUUGAGUCCGAACAUCCAUCAUCAUGAAAUUAUUCAAAUACAAGAUGCCAUAACGUAUCAAUUUUGGGUAACAGCAUCGACAAAAGUUGGAGAAGGAUCUAGCACCCGUGUUGUCACGAUAACACCAACGAGCAAGAUUCCAGCCAGGAUUGUAUCAUUCAGCCGUAAUUACCAUACUCCUUGGAAACAUAACAUAACUCUCGAAUGCAAAAUCGUCGGCAUACCUUUACCAAAAAUCUCUUGGAUGAAUAAUGGAAAACUGAUUACUAGCAAUUCAAAUCGGUUGACGUUAAAAAAAGAUGGCUCAUUGCUCGUAAGGGACAUACAAUUUUCCGACAGGGGAAAUUAUAGUUGUCACAUUGAAAAUCAAUUCGGCGAAGAUUCGAUAGUCUACAAUGUUAUUGUGAGAAUUCCACCGGAUCCUCCCGUGCUAUCAAUUUCAAAUGUGGAAACGGACAGUUUGCAUCUUAAGUGGAAAAUGAAAUCAAACUAUGAUAUUCCAGUAUUAGGGUAUAUAAUUAAUUACAAGAGGGAACAUGGCGAUUGGGAAGAAAUACAAAUUAAGGGUAAAGAAAAUUUCCAUAUACUUCAAAACCUUUGGUGUGGAACGCGGUACCAAUUGUAUAUUACUGCAUUCAAUAAAAUAGGCACUGGUUUACCGUGCGAUAUUGUAAACGCAUCGACAAAAGGAACAGCCCCUGUCAAGCCUACCGCAACACAAUUGCUCACAUUCAACUCCACCGCCAUAACAAUUUGGUUGGACGUUUGGGGAGAUGGAGGGUGUGAAGUUCUAUAUUUUAUGUUAGAAUAUCGAGAUGAAAGGAGGUCGGAUUGGAUUUUAAUAUCGAAUCAUAUAAAAGCUAAAGAGCGGGUUUACACGAUAAACGAUCUACAACCUGCAACGAGAUAUUUCAUUAAGGUCACUGCUUACAAUAAUGCAGGAUCCAAUUUAGGAAUUUAUAACAUAACCACUUUGGCUUCAGACGGGACUCCAAUCCUGCCAAAAGCUGUACCAUCGCCAGACUUAAGUAGCAGUGCUGAAACGUACGUAAAUAUGAAAAUUAUUUGGACCAUAAUUUUCAUUGUCCUUCCAGUUCUAUCGAUCAGCAUGGGAUGCCUUUAUUUAAGAAAAAGAAAAGAAGACAUACACUGUGGCAUGGGUGAAUCUCCUUCAGUUGCACAAAUGCAAAAUUUGCAUAACAGAGACCAACAGUAUGCAGUCCACAGCGGGCCCACGCAUACGGCUCAUAGUAUCGAUUCUACUACGUAUAAAACAGAUUCUACAGAUUAUAUUGAAGAUGUUUGCCCUUAUGCAACUUUUCAAUUAACAAAAUCUCCUUACCCAGAAAGUACAUUUAGUGGUAACGUAUAUAGUGGCCCGUAUCAUUCUGUCAGAGGAUCAUUUGUAUAUCACGAUCUACCCUCUACAGGGGACACAUACAAAGGGCGACAUUCAAAAGAUCCAGAAUACACAAAAGUCAGGCGGAAACCUAUAAGGUUGAGGGACCCACACUCAGAAAGCCAAGAAUCUGAUAAUUUAGGGAGCACAGACUCUGAAGUCAAAAAAAUCCUAACACUUCACCUUCCAAUAUCUGAAUAUGAUACCCAUGGGAGUGAUAGUGACAUAGAUAGUCGAGGAAUUGCAACAAACCAAGAUUUAGUAUCUUUUCGCCAUCGUUUGUCAAGAGAUAUGAAUAAGGGAGGAGAAGAAUCAAGCUCUUCGUCUGAGAGAUCACCUACUGGAGCUAGGAUGCAAUGUCCACAUAAUAGAAAAAUAAAAAAUAAAAUGCAGUCCAAUAAAAAGCAUCAUAAAAAUAAUGGUUAUUCGAGUCAUACUGAAGAGACUUCUUUCAGUUUUAAUGAUAGGAUAAAUCCACCCUGCAGAUUCUCAGAUCCACGUUGUCGUCCGAGAGAUUUGGCUGAACUAGAUUGUGAUAUUUCCAACAUGGGCUUGAGAAGGUCUUCAAGAGGUAGUGUAGCCACACCUUACAGACUUUCGAGGGAAUCUACAUUUCAAAUAGAUGUAUAAUUAAAUGUGCCUUCCAAGCAAUUAUAUUGUUCACACUUCUUUAUAUUGAUGUUCUAUAUAUUAAUCUGAACUAUUUGACACAAAUAGUUCAAAAUAAAUGUACCAUUUUACCUUGAAUACUUAUGAUGUAUUAAUGUUACCUUAUUAAACAAAA